AAGCCGCCGUGUUAUCGCGAGAUUUCAACUGUUGUCGUUAUUCCAAAGAUGGCGGCAGAAGCGGGAUCUGUGCCUGAGAGAGACACAGCAGAAGGGUGAGAAUCAUCAUUAGAUCUGACCACAAACAUGGAGACUGAGUCGUCCAGUGGAAAAGAGACUAUGGACACGGCGGGUGACAGUUCGGAGGCGGCGGAUGCUCAGACGGGGUCUGGAGACGAUGAGAACGGCCGUCAGCUGGGGGACGUGGAGCUGCAGUGUGCGCUGUGCAUGAAGUGGUUUACGGCGGACACGUUCAGCAUCGACACGGUAAAUUGCCUGCCGUUCGUGACCAAUUAUGUGUUUCACUGCAAUGUGUGUCACCACAGCGGAAACACAUACUUUUUGAGGAAACAAGCAAAUCUGAAGGAGAUGUGUCUCACUGCUUUGGCAAAUCUGACAUGGAGGUCCAGAACUCAAGAGGAGCAUCCCAAAACAAUGUUCUCUAAAGAUAAGGACAUCAUACCUUUCAUUGACAAAUACUGGGAGUGCAUGACGACCCGCCAGAGGCCCGGCAAACUCACAUGGCCAAAUAAUAUCGUCAAGACUAUGAGUAAAGAGCGUGAUGUUUUCCUGGUGAAAGAACAUCCAGACCCCGGCAGUAAAGACUCUGAAGAGGACUAUCCCAAGUUUGGCUUGCUUGAUCAGGAUCUGGCCAAUAUUGGACCGUCGUAUGACACCCAGAAGCAGAUUACGGCUAUCACGGGUGCUGGAGGGUUAAAUGCUGUGCGUUGUAUUCCAGGUGGAUCGACUUUUUCAGGUGGGCUUCCUCCAGCUGCUACAGGUAAAGGCCGAGGAGCCAAACGCAAACAGCAGCAGCAACAGGACGGAGCCACGGCUGGAACGGCCAAGAGAACACGCAGUGACCCGCUGUUCUCAGCGCAGCGCCUGCCACCUCAUGGUUAUCCUCUCGAGCACCCCUUCAACAAAGACGGUUACCGCUACAUCCUAGCUGAGCCGGAUCCCCACGCUCCCGACCCGGAAAAACUGGAGCUGGACUGCUGGGCCGGGAAGCCCAUCCCUGGAGACCUGUACCGCGCGUGUCUGUACGAGAGAGUGCUGCUGGCGCUGCAUGACAGAGCUCCGCAGCUAAAGAUUUCAGACGACCGCUUGACGGUGACCGGAGAGAAGGGCUACUCGAUGGUCCGAGCGUCUCAUGGCGUCAGAAAGGGCGCGUGGUAUUUUGAGGUCACUGUGGACGAGAUGCCACCGGACACCGCGGCUCGGCUGGGCUGGUCGCAGCCUUUAGGAAACCUACAAGCUCCUCUGGGUUACGAUAAGUUCAGCUACUCAUGGCGCAGUAAGAAAGGAACGCGCUUCCAUCAGUCCAUAGGAAAGCAUUACUCUGACAGCUACGGACAGGGCGACAUCUUGGGCUUCUACAUUGAGCUUCCAGACGACACCGAAACCGCCAAGGCUCUGCCUGACACCUACAAGGACAAAGCGCUGAUCAAAUUCAAAAGCUACUUGUACUUUGAAGAGAAAGAUUACGUGGACAAGGCCGAGAAGAGUUUAAAACCCACCAGUUCCAGCCGAAUUAUAUUUUUUAAGAACGGAGUGAAUCAAGGUGUGGCCUAUGAGGAUCUGUUCGAGGGCAUGUAUUUCCCCGCCAUAUCCCUCUACAAGAGCUGCACGGUGUCUGUUAAUUUUGGACCUCACUUCAGAUACCCAUCAAAAGACAUCAAGUUUCAGCCAAUGAGUGACAUGGGUUGGGGUGCUGUGACUGAACACACGCUGGCUGAUAUGCUGUACCACGUGGAGACAGAAGUAGACGGCCGACGGAGCCCCCCGUGGGAGGGUUAAAUCCAUGCCAAACCCACCAGCCAUAAGGCUGAAAACAUGUUUUCAUGUACCAUUAUCAACAGCGCACAGCAUUUUUUGUUACAUAUCAUUAAAUCAUUUGGUUACAGUCGUAUUCUGCCCUUGUUUUCUAUGCAGGAUUCAAAAUGUCUUUCUCAUAAGUCAGCAUGCAUUUCUCAUAUUUCGGUUUUUAUUUCAUGAAACCUCACACUGCACCAGAUUGUGAUGUUGAUGGAUGAAUCCAGCUAGAAAAUGAUGUUUCGGAUGGUUUAUCUUUUAUGUAAGCUUGUUUUAAUAGUUACAUACUACGUUUCCUCAUACUGCAGGUUUAUUUUAGUAUCAGUCAUGAUUUCAUUUCCGUCAUACAGUGACCUGCUGAAGUCUGAUGUUCAGUUGUGUGUGAUGUGGUGUGUGUUUAACAGUGUUCUCAGAUGCCAUGGGUUUCCAUUCAUGGUUUUUAUCAGUUGUUUAUUUCUUAAGUGGUUUGUAGUCAUUCAGAUAGAUGUAAAAUAUGAUUUUUUUUUUUGUAAACCAUGUUUUAUACACAAACUUGUUUUAAUAAAGUAAUCUAAAGGAAUAUAA